AUGUCUGAGACAAUGAGGGCAGUUGUCGUCAAAGACGGCAAAGGGCCAGCCAAUUCGAUGUCUAUAGAGCAGAUCCCAAAGCCUACGCUCGCUACCGGCCAGGCGCUGGUCAAGAUCAAGUCCUUUGGCCUCAACCGUAUGGAUUUGCUUCAGAGGGAGGGUUUAUACCCUUUACCGCCGCAGGCACCUGAGACCAUGGGAGUCGAGUUUUCCGGCACUAUCGAGGCUGUUAUACCCGAUGAAAAGUGCGAUUUCAAACUUGGAGACGAGGUGUUUGGCCUUGCUUAUGGAGGAGCCUACGCCGAAUACAUUUGCGUUUCGGUCGAUAUGCUUAUUCAUAAACCUGCGUCGCUUUCAUGGGAUGAAGCUGCUGGUAUCCCGGAAACCUGGGUCACAGCCUCGCAGGCGCUCUUCCUCAUUGGGAACUUCAAGCCUGGUCAGUCCGUGUUAUGGCAUGCUGGCGCCUCAUCGGUCUCGAUCUCUGGUAUCCAGCUUGCCAAGGCAGAGGGAGCCAAGGAGAUCUACGCCACAGCCGGCUCGCAAGAGAAAAUCGACUUCCUUGUCAAGGAACUCGGUGUUACUGCCGCAUUCAAUUACAAAACUCAGGACUGGGCAGCUGAGGUGAAAAAGGCAACGAAAGGCGAGGGCGUUAAUCUUAUUGUUGACUUCAUUGGCGCAACCUAUUUCCAGGGUAACCUUAACGCUGCUGCAUAUGACGGUAGUAUUGUACUAUUGGGUUUGAUGGGUGGAGCGAAGCUGCCUAAUAACGUUGAUAUCUCCGCGUUGCUAUUCAAAAGGGUCAGCAUAGAGGGUAGUACUCUUCGUGGCCGGGCACUCGACUAUCAGCGAAAGCUGAGAGAUACCCUCGUUCAGCAUGCUCUUCCAAAGUUCAAAGAUGGGACUUUCAAAGUUUUCAUUGAGAAGGUUUUCCCUUUCUCCCAGAUUGUGGAUGCCCAUAAGCUGCUGGAGAGCAACACUACAAAGGGCAAAUUGAUUUGUAGGAUUGACUAA